AUGACUCAUGUAACUAUAGUAACAGGUGCUUCCAGAGCAAUUGUUGAAGUUCUCCUAAAUAAAAACUCAACAACUAAAGUUAUAGCAAUCGCGAGAUCUCAACAACCAUUAGAAUCUUUAAUUCAGAAAUACGGAAAUGAUAGAGUAGGUAUCGUUGUUGGAGACCUUACUGAUUCAAACACUUCGAUUAAAGCAGUCGAAUUAGCGGAAUCAAAAUUUGGUCAACUUAAUUCAAUCAUUGCCAAUGCAGGAGCAUUAGAACCAGUAGGAUCAAUUGAAAAACAUAAUAUUAAAGAAUGGAAAAGAUUAUUUGAUAUUAACUUCUUUUCUGUCGUGGAAUUGAUUCAAAUUGCAUUACCUGCCUUGAAAAAGACUAAGGGGAAUGUGAUUGCUGUUUCUUCUGGUGCUUCGACCAAGCCAUAUAGUGGAUGGUAUGCUUAUGGAAGUUCAAAAGCAAGUUUGAAUCAUUUGAUUAUGUCUUUAGCUUCUGAGGAACCUGACAUUCAAGCGAUUUCUAUUGCUCCGGGUGUUGUUGAUACUGAAAUGCAACAGGAUAUCAGAAAUAAGUUUGGGAGAGAUAUGAGUAAAGAGGGUUCACAAAGAUUUAUUGAUUUACAUGAAAAUAAACAACUAUCACCUCCAGAAGUUCCAGCUAGAGUAUAUGCCAACUUAGCAUUGAAUGGAUGGUCAAAAGAACUUAAUGGUAAAUAUUUAAGAGUUGACGAAGAUGUUCUUAAACUGUACACUACAUAA